AUGGCAAAGCCGGCCUAUGCGACAAGCAGCCUCGUUUUAGGAUAUGCUUUAUGCUCGAGCUUGCUUGCGAUCAUUAACAAGUACGCCAUCACCAAGUUCAGUUACCCUGGCCUCCUCACUGCCCUACAAUACUUGACAUCCGUGGUUGGAGUUUGGAGCCUUGGGAAGCUCGGUUUCCUCUACCAUGAGCCUUUCAACUUCCAGACUGCCAAAAAGUAUGCGCCUGCUGCUCUUGUCUUCUACCUCGCCAUAUUCACCAACACCCACCUCCUGAAGCAUGCCAAUGUCGAUACAUUUAUAGUGUUCAGAUCCUUGACCCCUCUGCUGGUUGCUGUCGCUGACACCACCUUCCGAAAGCAGCCAUGUCCUUCAAAGCUCACAUUCUUGUCCCUGGUGAUUAUCUUAGGAGGCGCGGUUGGCUAUGUGAUGACAGAUUCAGGGUUCACCCUCACGGCGUACUUGUGGGCAGUUGCUUAUCUGAUCACCAUAACUACUGAAAUGGUGUACAUAAAGCACAUGGUGACUAACCUGGGUCUCAGCACAUGGGGCUUUGUGAUCUACAACAAUCUUCUUUCACUGCUAAUGGCCCCCGUGUUUGGGGUUCUGACGGGUGAGCACCUGUCCAUCUUCAGAGCCAUUGAAUCAAGGGGCCAAGGCUGGUUCGAACUUGACGCGUUUGUUGCUGUGUCACUGUCCUGCGUGUUCGGGGUGCUCAUUAGCUUCUUUGGUUUCGCGGCAAGGAAAGCUGUCUCUGCCACGGCGUUUACAGUGACGGGGGUCGUCAACAAGUUCCUGACAGUUGCAAUCAAUGUUAUGAUCUGGGACAAGCACGCAAAUGCAUUUGGUUUGGUUUGCUUGCUCUUCACUCUGGCAGGUGGGAUACUCUAUCAGCAGUCUGUCAAAAGUAAAGGAAGUGCUCCAGCGCAUCGUGAGGCUGUAGCUAACAAAGGCCGUGGUGACGAUGAUGAAGCUGAGUUUGAUCCGGAGAAGCAAAGCUUAGUUUCGUCUCCAAAGGACUCAGAUGCCUGA